AUGAACUCGCAGUCUGUUGAUUUCCGGUCGUUAAAAUGUGUCACCACAAUCGAAUGCAACGACAAAUCACUCCAGAAACUGCUCCAUUUCACGAUCAGCGGCAUCGACACACUCACCACGGUCAUUCUUCACAACUAUGUUUCAUCCAACCUCCUUUUGCAAGACAAUCAUCGCGAUAACGUUCGAUCGUCUCUUCAGAGUCCAAAAGAUCCGAAAGAACUCCUCGGAGAAAAAGAACACAGUCUUCUGGCAUAUCUUCAAAUCUACGAACCCACAGUCAAGGACCCGCCUUCCUUCACGCUGACGCAGCUCUGCAAUCUGGAGGAGCUGCGCGUCGGUGUAGCCUGCGGGACCAAUUUCGAAACUUUCUCGCUCUCCAAACUUCCCAAACUGCGGUUGAUCAGCAUCGGGGAAGGCGAAGCGCCCGGCGUUAGCUCCUUCCCACUCGUCAUAUCGCUGCUGCUGAAUGAUCUUCCUUCGCUGCAGUCAAUCCGUAUCGGCGACAACUGCUUCUUAAAUGCCACGGAAGUCGAGUUUUCGAGCUUGAAAUCACUAACAUCAAUUAAAAUCGGCACGUCGUUCAACAAAGCAGAGAUGUACGACGGCUUGCUCAUUUUUACAGAGCUUCCAGAGCUGCAAUCUAUCCAGUGGAAACUCGGUUGUUUCUGCUAUAUGCAGCAAAUCGUUUUUAAAGACCUUCCCAAAUUGGAGGAAUUUCAAGGGCCGCUGGAAGAAAGCAGCUACGUGCAGACGGUUUUGUAUCCAUCUUCGAUGGAUCACUUUAUUCAGGGGUAUUCUGGUCUUUUGCCUUUCACCGUCGAGGCAGAAGACCAUUCGGGGUAUAUACGAUAUCGAUAA